GUCUUUAGGACGCUCCAUCAUCAGGUGCUUUAAGUUUUAAUAGAAUCCAGAGCAGUGUAAAAGAAGCUGAACGCACAUGAAGGAACGUCCUGCAGUCUGUGUUUAUUCUGUGUCCUUCAUGAGAUAAGAAGGUGUCUCUUUAACUCUCUGUCUGAGUUUAGUCUGUAACAGAAAACUUUCAGUCAGGUGUCAUUCAGCUCAGAGCACACACACCUUCAGAUUAUAUUUAAAAACAUCAUCCGGAGACCGACAUCUGAACCAAACUAAUUCAACCUGCUCAUCUUCUCUGAGACACCUCUGUCUGUUCCCUCUCUCUCAUAUGAAGACAGAGCUGCUGAUUUCAUGUACAUGAAGGAAGGAGGAGCAACAUGACCACAUGAUCCAGCUUGAUGAGGACAGGAAGUAACCUGUGGGUUCAGUCUGUCUCUUCUUCCAGCUAACAGAGGAGGGAACUGAAGGCUGAAGUGGGUCAAGCAGACAGAUGUCAGACCAGGAGAUGAGUGAUUGUUCAAAAGAAGAGGAGGGCAGAGCAGAGCCUCCUGGAUCCAGAUGGAAGUUCUUGAAGUUCUGGAAGUCUUGGAAGUUCCGUAAGAGCGAUCGGUCCAAAGAUCUUCCUCCUGACUUUGGAACUGAACCUGGACCCUCAGACUUAAAACUUCAGGUCAGCAGUGGGAUACCAGAUGCUCUUGGUACCAGCUCUGUGUCUAUGGAGAGUGACUGGUCUGAAGAUCCUCCUCUAAACAUCGGAUAUAAACCUGGACCCUCAGACUCAAAAGCGACUGGUGGCAGUUUAUCAGAGAUCAGCUGUGCUUCUGUGGCCUCAGCUCUGAAGUCCAACCCCUCCUAUUUGGACCUGAAGUCCAGAAGGCUGAAGGAUUCAGAAGUGAAGCUGUUGUGUGAUUUCCUGGAGAGUCCAAACUGCAGACUGGGGACUCUGAGAUUGAGAUGGUGCAGUUUGUCAGAGAUCAGCUAUGCUUCUCUGGCCUCAGCUCUGAAGUCCAACCCCUCCCAUCUGAGAGAGCUAGAGCUGAGUGACAACAAGCUGCAGGAUUCAGGAGUGAAGCAGCUGUGUGGUUUUCUGGAGAGUCCAAACUGCAGACUGGAGACUCUGAGAUUGACAUUCUGCAGUUUGUCAGAGAUCAGCUGUUCUUCUCUGGCCUCAGCUCUGAAGUCCAACCCCUCCCAUCUGAGAGAGCUGGAGCUGAGAGGAAAUGACCUGCAGGAUUCAGGAGUGAAGCAGCUGUGUGAUCUUGUGGACAGUCCAAUCUACAGACUGGAGACUCUGGGGAUUACAGGAAAACCGAAGAAAGCUGACAAACACAUGAAAUCUCUGAAGUCCCUACACUUCCUCUCUCUAUCAGGGGACAACAGGGUCCAACAGGAUGUGAAGGAAGAGCUUCACCUGCAGGAUGAUGACAGAGAGGCUCCAUCAUCCUUCUCUCCUGAACAGACGGAGUCUGGAUACAGGUUCAGGUGUCCUGGUCAAGGUGAGUUCCAGUGUGCUUUGACUGGACUGGUGUUUGUUACGGCAAAGGAGGCGGAGCUUCUGUACAGGACCGUCCAAUGGGAUGAGGGCCUCCUCCAAUCAGCUGGCAAGGAAGCUGCAGGGCCGCUGUUCAACAUCCAGAGUUCAGAGGGAGCUGUGUGUCAGCUCCACCUCCCUCACUGUGAAUCACAGGAAGGGCUGCUUGUUGAUGACCUGCUGUCAGUCGUCCACAUCACUGAUGAUGGGAUGAGCCUCUUGAAGCCGCUGAAGAUCACAGACACUCAUGUGGUUGUGGACGUCCCUCACCUCUCCUUCUUUGGUCUGGUCAGGUCUUUACCUAGAAGGUUUUGGCCGAUAAAAAGCCUAGUCCUGCUGUUCCUCCGACCUCCAAACAGAAGAUAUGAAGUGCUGGAUGUGUGUCUGCUGCCGCACAACAUCGUUCUGAGUGAGGUCGUCGCCCAACAAGGAGAUGCUGAGUACGUCAAGACCACUUGUAACUGUCGCCUGUACUGUGAUCAAAGUUACAGCGUCCACUGUGAACCUGAGGGCUUUGAAAUACAACCCAAGGAUGAACUAUUUUCUGAAGAGUAUGGACCAAACUUUUUCCCAACAUUUGAAGUGUUCCUCACUUCUGACCCAGAGGAAGUGACUCUGAUGAUCCAGGACAAAGACCAGAACGAAGUCUGGAACCGUAGAGUGGGUUUAUCAGAAUCCAGAAACAAAAUUCUGCAGAGGAUUGUCCCAGCAGAGAACAGGGUCCCAGCAGAGAACAGGGUCCCAGCACUGGACAGGGUCCCAGCAGAGAACAGGGUCCCAGCACUGUACAGGGUCCCAGCAGAGAACAGGGUCCCAGCACUGGACAGGGUCCAAGCACUGGACAGGGUCCAAGCAGAGAACAGGGUCCCAGCAGAAAAGAGGCUGGAGGCAGUUAGGAGACAGUUUGUGGGCUGUGUGUCUGACUCUGUUCUGAAGGAUCUUCUGGAUAUCCUCCUGGAAAGACAUGUAGUGAAUGACAAUGAACUUCAGUCAUUCAGGACAGGAAGUACAGCAGAUAGAGCACGAGAUUUGAUCGAUUCUGUGAAAGGAAAGGGAACUGAAGCCAGUUCCAAAAUGAUCACUGCUCUCUGUGAGGUGGAUCCACAUCUCUACAGAGAGCUGAAAUUAUUGUGAAGAGAAAGGAACAGAACACCAGGACCUGAUGAUGAAGACAGCUGGACUGUCACUCUGAAAGGGAUUUACUCCAAUCUGGAAACAGACCUCACUGUGACCAAGCACACUGGGGACUGAAUUGGAUGUUGUUUUGACAGACCUCCAUCCUUCACUGUGUGUCAUCCCCUGCUCUCUGCUCUCCAUAUUUACUCUCUCUCUUCAGCGGUCCUAUCCAAAAAAAGGCUAAAUGUCCAAAAACAUGAACUCCUUCAUCCUCCACUCUCUGCUUCUCCCCUCAUAUUUCCCUGUAGUUGUCACCAGCAGCCACUAGGUGGAGCUGUAACACAUGCAGUCUGACUGAGCGAGCUGACUUGCUGCUGGUGUUCUGCUGGCUGUAACACAAAUGAGUCCUCAGAGGUCGUAAAGAUAUCAUUGAUCCUGCUCUGACUGAACACUGAGGUUUAUUGUUUUCUCUGUUGAACAUUGACCUGGAUCACCUGGUCAGAGUGACUCCUCCGCUCAGUGUUCAUGGGAAAUAAGGCUGAUUCAGCUGCAACCAUAGACCCCAACGGAGUCUGCCUAGUCACUGCGGCGUCUACGUCAAUGUUUAUUUGUUAUGUACACAGAAAACAACCUGUUUGAAGUGAUAGUGUGACGUUUAUAUUAAAAUAACUUUAUUACUAACAACAAAAACAUACAUUAUAUUAUAUAUAACAAAGACUGAAA